AUGGCGGCUGCGCUUCCGCCUGCUACGGGCGGUGGGUCGAGCGGUGGCGCCCCGACAGCAGCUGCGCAGCAACCUCGGCAGAUUGACCAGUCGGCCUUGGCUGCAGCUGACAGGAACGCCCCGCAGGAUCUCUUGAAGGCCUUCUUCAGCCAAGAUCAGGACGUCGUCGACGUCCUUGGCGUGGAGAGCGGCCUCCUCAGGCUCACGAAGGUGUUCGAACUCUACGAGCUCAAGCCAUCGCCCACCCACGUGAGCUUCUUCGAUGAGAAAGGGCACAGGCAGAUCUUCCGCGACGCUUGCAACCAGCGCAAGCAGGAGUCGGUCAAGGAGGAGUUGAUGUCCAGCAUCGCGGAUCGCGGCCUCGUUCCUGGAGUUGCCGGGGAGCCCUGGCUUUGCUGUUCGGAUGGCGAGGUGCCGCCGUACCACGCUCUCACCUUGGGGGGGAGGUCAGGCGCCAUCUACGAGCUGGCAGAGAAGCAGCCCACCAACCCGCAAGUGAUGGAGACCAUCAAAGGCGGCAUCAUGGCAAGGAGGUUCACAUCGAAGAUGCCCAAAUGGUUGCGGGUGUGGCUCCGCGAUUACCACAACAACUCAGUCUUCCAGCGCGGCAGCACCUACUCAUACAUUGAGUUCUUGAAAGAGAUCCCGGAGAUGGAGGCGAGCUGGCAUGCCGCGAAGGAGGGCCACGUCACCGCGCGCUCCGGCAACUACGAGCAGGCCUAUUGGAAGCACAUCAAGGAUCGCUACGGGGACAAGGUCACAUCGUGGGCGCAGUUCGACUCUGCAAAGUGCCUGUAUCGCAAGCUGCUCAAGCUCGAGGUCCUCCAUGAUCAUUUCGAGUGGGCGGGUCAGCACGUUGAGUUCAUGAACUCUCGCAUCUCGCAGCACAUCGUCAUCAGCAAUAUGCACGCCAUCGCGAAUUUCAUCGUUGCCAAGUUCGACGGGUACAUGUCUCCACUGAACUUGAGGGUCCUCGUGGGUGAAAGCAUCAAGUUUGUUGUCCCGUGCCGCCCUUCCAGUCAGCAGCGCAGAAUUCCUUGGCUAUUUGACGCAGGCGGCGCUUCAGUGACAGAGAGGUUGCAGUAUCUGUGCUUCCCCUUGGACAAGGACUCCCAGGUGUACAAGAAGUCCGUGGCCAAGACGAAGGCUAAGGCCAAGGCCAAGCCAAAGGGUGGCAAGGCCGCCAAGGCCAAGGCCAAGGCUUCCGCUCAGCAGGAUUCCGCCGCCCCCGCAGAUCUGCCCCCGGUGGAGUCCAUGUCCCUCGAGCUGAAGAGCGACCUCGACAUGUCAUCUGCCCGCGAGAGGUUCUUCGGCGACGACUUGCUGAUGGCGGUGGACUCCGCGGUGGAGGCAGCGUGCAAGCGCCCAGAGCGCUUCGAGGAAGGCGUGAAGAAGAUCAAGGGUGAGCUUGUCAACAUCGGCUUAGAGUUCCUGUGGAGGAAGGACAAGAAGGUCUACUUCAAGGGGUGUCACUGGGCGGCCUGGAGUCUCUUGCGCAAGACGCUCCAGGAGAGCGCCAGGGACGCCGCCGAGAAGCUGAUCCUCUGGGCCGACGGCGACGACGACGAGGAGACCCCAGCCGGCGACGCGGCAGCCGCGGCAGCAGCUGGCCCAGAGAAGUCUCGAGCGCCCAACCCAAACGCCAUCCUCAAGGCGUUGGUGACCUCUGCCGCCGUCGAUGCCAGCUCUGAUCCCCAGAAAAAGAUGGACGACUCGCUGCAAGUACAUUACAAGGAUGAUUUCAGGAAGCUCGAAGAGUUUGUGAGCACGAACCGCGCCCUCAAGCUGAAGGCGAACCUUCAGCAGUUCUACCCGCAGCUGCUCAAUAACAUCCUCCAGAAGCUCCCAGAUCAGACCAUGGCCUUGCCCGCGUUCCUCUGUGGGAUCCUGUCCGGGGUGAAUGAGCUUGGCGUGUUCACUGUGUCCUGCGUGGACAUGAUCGUGAACGUGUUCGCCCAUGUGAAUGACACUUGUGAGAUGCCAGUUGCGUUUGGAACCAUGUGCAAGAGUGGCGGUGCCGAUCUUGCAAAAUUAAUGCAUUUCCGCGGUGAGCUCACGAGCUGUUUGAUCAAAGAUUUGAUUGACUCGAAGCCAAUCGGAGAGUUCCACCACAGCGAUGGAGACGGGGCCGCUCUUCCAGCCCAGGCCGUCAAGGCGUUCAUUGCCAAUAUUUCCGAGAAAGAUUUGAUCGAGGUGUAUGCUUCGGACGCGAUGCAGAGAGGCGAGCAGGAGUGGGUCGGCUUCUGGGGCGUCCUCAUCAAGGGCGGCGUUGGGGGAGGCAAAAUCGCAGCCAUCCUCGGCGUGGCGACGAGCGUCGGCAGCAGGAAGCUGAAGCGGGAGCGGAGCAUCCGGGAUGGGGCCCAGGGCGGAGGGGGCUCAGCCGCCGGCGCUGUGCAGGCCGACCAGCACAACAAGUUGUUGGUCAAAGUUGGCGACCUGUACGUGUGUGCCGCGCCCACCGCCCAGUGCCACGACUUCGUGCGUCUCAUCGGCGGGCCUGCUUUGAAGUGCAUCGAGUCGCAGCUGACGGCGCAUAUAUGGAAGCUGCACGGGUUGGCCCACCUCAGCGGCGGGGCCGCAUCAGCUGCGGACAAUGUGUCAGUGGAUGUUUCUGGCCAGAAGCCUAAGACUGCGUGCUUGGCAAGCAAGCCCGUGGAUCUUAUCUUCGCUGCCCCCGUGACGUUCGUGAAGGGCAGGGCCAACUUCAUGCCUCUGUGUAGCUUGUUCAGUGGCAAUUUCGAGAUGUUUCUGAAUGGCACUGCGGUGAACACCAACGCGAGCGACAUGAUCGUGCCAGCAUGGGGUAUCAACGUGGUUGACAAGCAGGCCGACUCCAAUGUUCAGACGCUGUUCCUGGUCGAGACUGUCUAUGCCACUGUCGGGUUCGACCUCUAUUUCACUGACAUCGCGAUCAUGUCGGAGCCAGACCGCGAGAACCCCAGCGACGGCGGCGGCAGGCCCAGAGAUGACGCUCCAGCACAGCCGCCAGCGAAGAAAGCUAAGCAGAGUGAGGGGGUUGCAGGCACUGGUGACAGCGGCAUGGCACCAGUCGUCGGCCCGGGGCCCAAUGCGGCCGACGCCGACAGCACGUUUUUGGAGGUGUUGGGCCCGUCGCAGGAUGAGGUCCCGACGGGGGUCACUCUGUACGCUUUUAAGGUGUCAAUCCCGUUCGCGCGCUACCAGCCGGAGCCGCCGCAGCAGGGCGCACCCCCCUCGGCGCCUGACGCCGUGACGUACCUGAAGCGCAUGCUCACGCCCGAUGAGGCGGAGGCAAAGCGCCGCCAGCGUGCCACCGCCAGCGCUGCUCAGGCAGCGGCGGCCUCGAGUGACACAGCUUCCUCCGCGCUUGCUGGCACGGGCGGCGUGAUUGCCAGGGUCCGCGAGCAGCCGGGCGGCGGCGACUCCCUUCAGCCGGGGGGGAAGCCCGUGAGCAGCGAUGUCGAUAAGUCGCUCAAAGCAGCAUGCAGGCAUCUUACAAAAUGA